UAUGGGUUUAUUUUGUUUGUUCAGUUCAGCCUGUCUUUGUCUUCGCCGGGGUGCACGGAGGAGAACACGCCGUGGGUCUCGGUCACCCCCCGAGCGGCGCCGGCUGCUUGGGAUGUGCCAGCGUGUGUGUCUGGGGGUGCUUCCCCCUCCCGUGCACACCUUUGGCAGGAGGCUUGGAUGACAUCUUGCUCUGGCACGCUCCUCGCCUUUGAUCUCGAGUUUCCUGCCAUGGAUAACGUGUUCGGCAACACGCGAGCCCGGCUCCGCAGCUGCCGGGGAGGGUGAUGCGGGUGCCUCCUCCUCCUCCUCCUCCUCCUCCUCGUCCCGGUUUUCCCCAGCUGGCUCCUGCCUACAGCUCCCGGCUUUCCUUUGUUUCGGGUGCCGCCAGGACGGGCUCUCACAGCCCAAGGAUGCUCUGAACGGAGCAAAGCCAAGCACAAAAAGACACCUCCCCCCCAUCCCUUUGUUUCCAAGCGUUUGCGGGCUCAGCUGGUUUUUACACGGCGGCUAUUCAUGUGCCCAGGCAGAUAAACCCGACUACUCAAUGUCUCUCUCUUUUUUUUUCUUUUUUUUUUUCCUAUUCUGAGUUAUUUUGGGUGCUUUAGUUUGCAGGGAGCACAUCCCGGCUGCAGGCUGUGCCGGAGGGAUGCAGCAGCUUUCUGGGAACGGGGUGAAUUUGCCAGAAGCAUAACUGGAACAUCUCGUGGUUGUCCUCUGAUGUCCUCCUCACAUCUCCUUGGGUGAGCAGAGCCAUAAGCUCUCAGCACCAUACGGAAAUCUGGGAUCACCAGCCCUUCUCCUGGGAGAGCUCUGACCCUGGUUUGCAAGACCUGCUGCCAGUAGCAGCUUUGGGGACAGAGGAAGGUGAACAAAACCCAGGCCCGUGCUCAGCACUGAUGGCUGAAAUCAGCCUUUUUUUAAAAAAUAUAUCCUUGACUUUACAGAAAGCAAAAUAUAAGUUCUAAUGUUGUUAUCAUCAUUAUUUUUCAGAUUUUUACUGCUGUUUCAUUUCCCUCAGGUGGUGGGUUUAACAGCGAAACCAUCAUCUGAAUUCAUUUGAAUGCUUUUUUUUUUUUUUUUGCACAACAGAUGUACACAAAGCACCUUAAGCGUGUCAAACAGCCCCUGAGUAAAUCAUGUUGUUUGCUCUAUUACUUUAUUCAUACAGCUUCGAUGCUCCAGCUGAUGCAUCUGGAGUGCUGUGCCAUCUGGAGCAAAAAUUAAAUACAAAUUUGGCCCCUGGCCUGGAAAAAUAACAACCCCGUGCCCCACUAAUAAUGAGCAGUGGAAGGAUAGAGCCCCUGACAGAAGAACUGCUUGGGGGCAAUGUGGAAGGAACCCAAAAUGCACUAAUUGAGGUAUUUAAAACAUAUUAAAAAAGGGAAAAUAAAUGCUUCCAGCCCUGUGUGCCAGAAGCAGACAGGAGCAACAAUGUGAUCCCGUCACCAAGUCACAGGGCUGCGCUGGCAGAUGGUGGUCCUGAUCCUGAGCGGGUGGUGGAGCUGCUGGAGGUGUGUGUGCUGGUGAUUUCCCACAUCUCCCAGCCUUGCUGCUGGAGGAAAUCCCCUCCACAACCUCCCACAACCUCUGUUCCACCACUGCUCGACUCGGGUUUGCUACUUUUGUCCCCUUUCACCAAGGCUGGGACACUCCAGGUCUGCUGCUUGGGUUGCUGGCGUUGCUGUUUGGUCAAAGGCUGUCUCAGAUUUGGGGAGAACAAGAUGUGGAGGUGGGUCAGCUCUGCUGGAACUUACUGCUUGUGCAGUCAGUCCAGUCACCUCCAGGUGUGAUUGGAGAUAGCUCUGAUGGACCAGCUGUGAAGGACACCUUUGGGGUCAGCAUGCUCUGAAUGUGGCGGGAUCUGUUGGACCUUCAGAUGAGGAAUACUGUGUGCCACGCGGGAAAUAAGGUGAUGGCUGCUGAUGGCUGGGUGGGCCUAGCCCUGUCCUGGGGGAGAGGCAGGUGAUGGGGUGGACAAGGAGGAGGAAGAUUCUAUGGCAGGAAAGCAGCAGAGCUGCUCAGGACUAUGCAUCUGAACCAAGCCUGGAGGUUCUACCCACGAAGAGCCAACUUCCAGCUGCUUCCUUGACUAAAUGAUGUGUGGGAUUACAGGAGGACUCCUGGCUUUGUAAGCCGGCCUUUUGUGCUUCUGGACCAUCUCUCCAGGCGUUCCCCCUGGGGUCACCCCUCCCAGUGACCUUCUGUCACCUCCGCUUGGCCUGUGUGGAACGUGUUGUGAGUGAUUCACCCAUAGCCAUAAAACAACACUUGGAUGUGGAAAAGGUGGAGAGAGGCACAGCUGGUGCUUGUUUCCUGUUCCCACCACCUGUACCUGGAGCCUUCUGCCUUGGGAUGACAGGGCUGAGCCGUGGUCCUCCCCCACCUUGCCAGGCUCCUACUGCACAGUAAACCCCAACAAGCCCAUCCUUGUGGCCGUGGCAGGAGGUGCAGAUCCUUCUGGUGGUCCUCAGCCAAUUUGGAGUGUUGGUGUGGAAGCCUGGAGGGUGUUUUUUGGGGUUGAAGCUCCCCCGGUCUCAGCAGUGGUUGGUGUGCCCGAGCUGGGUUUGUUUGGUUUUGUUCCUGCAAUCAUUCCCCUUCAAGCUGAGUGUUGUUGACAGAAGAUAAGAUCGGCCGUCACAGCCAUUCCCUCCCCUGUCGCUGUUGCCCUGGAACCGCUCAGACUCGGGUUGGGAGUGGCCGUCCUGGUGUUCGCGUGUCCCCACCCCGAGUCGCUGACAGGGCUCUAAAGCGGCAUCAGUGAUGAUGUGAUACGGGGCUUAACUGCGAGCGAGCCCGGUCAUCGCCUGGGCCCGGCUUAACUGCGAGCGAGCCCGGUCAUCGCCUGAGCCCGGCUUAACUGCGAGCGAGCCCGGUCAUCGCCUGGGCCCGGCUUAACUGCGAGCGAGCCCGGUCAUCGCCUGGGCCCGGCUUAACUGCGAGCGAGCCCGGUCAUCGCCUGAGCCCGGCGGGUGCCGCUCGCUUGCUGCGUUGAGGAAUGCCAGCGAUCCCGUGGAAAACGCGCCUCAGGAGAGGAUCCAAACCCACGUGGUUUUGUUGCAGCCGUGGGCAGUGGUGAUUUGCUUCCUGACCUGAGGGAUGGGAAAGCCUUGACAUUGACAAAGGGCUGGAGCAGAGCCUGUUCCUCCAUCUCGGGAUGCAGAGGUCCCCACUGGAGAUGGAGCUGCGUCAUUUUUGGAUGCUGUUCCCUCUGGAACAGUAACACAGGAAGAAGAACUUGUCAGAACAGAAGAACUUGUCAUUCUUCUGCUUGUCUGGCAUGUUUAAAUUCCAUCGAAGAACUAAAACCAGUACUAAAGGGUUCCAGCCACAUGUGGAGGGCUCCUGUGCCCUGCUCAUGGACAGUUGCAGUGCUGAAGGGAUGGCAAGAGGAGACAAGCCUGGCCCUAAUGCCAGUGAGUGGAUGGGCAGCAGGAGCUCAUGGACCAAAUUAGUUGGAAGCAGCUGGCUCAGCGUGGCUGAAGGCUGUGAGGUCUCACAUUGCUCCAGUGCUGGAGCUGCAGCUGGAUCAGGCUGUGGAAAAAGCAGAGACCUCAAGAAACAGGAGGAACAGCAAGGGCAGGGGGGCAGGAAGCCUAGGCAGGGAUGUCCUGCUUUUUUUGUUUCGUCUUCAGGACUGUGAGUAUGAGGAGCAAGAAGGAAUGACUUCUCCAGGCAUAUUUUGGCUUCAGUUUUGUUUUUGGGUGGGUUUGCAGGACACCAAGACUGCUGAAGAACUUGGGUCCUCCUGGCUCCGAGGGGGAAAAGGAUCUUUGCACGAGAUAAUUCUGGAGGCCCAUCUCAGUGUUUGAGGGACAGCGUGCUAGCCAGGUCCUUCAGUGUGCUGUCCCCAUGGAGGCAGAGGAUGGAGAUCCAUGUGGCAGCACAGCCACAAAGGUUAUUGACGUGUUGGAAACCAUGAGAGCCCCUGAGAAUGGUCACAUAGGAAUCGGGACUUCUCCAGAAAGGCGGUGGCAUUGAUAACCCAGCUGAGGUGUACCUGCACCAACACCCACAGCGUGGUCACCAACGGGAGAAGGAUCUGGAAGCCGCUGUGCACCAGGAAAGCUGUGACACGGUUGCCAGCAGAGAGUCAUGUGGGAUGACUCAAACAAAUGGAUUGCUGCAAUGGAUGGGAGUAACUUUCCAUGAUUUACCAGCAGCCCUGGCUUGCUGGGAGGUCCCAGCUGACUGGAAGCGAGCAGAUGUGACACACAGCUGCAAGAAGGGCAGGAAGGAGGAUUUUGGACACUACAGGGCUGUCAGUCAGGUGACACGAGCAGAUCACAGAGUGCCUUCACUCAACACCAACAAGGCAAUCAGAGGAUCUGGAGCAGCCAAUGUGAGUUUGUGCCAUGCAGGUCCUGCCUGACCAACCUGAUCUCCUUCUGUGACAAGGUGACCUGUUUUGGCAGGUGAAGGAGAGGCUGUGGGUGUGUCUUUCUGGACUUUGGCAAGGCCUUUGACAUCACUCUUUCGUGGCAGGGGCUGAAGUCACCAUCCCUGGAGGGAUUUAAAAGCCGUGUGGAGGUGGCACUUUGGGACGUGGGUUAGUGGAGGCCUUGGCAGUGCUGGGUUAGCCUUAGAGGACUUUUCCAACCUAAACGAUUCCAUGAUUCUGUGAUUUUAUUAUCCCCUCAGAGGAUUAAUCCCACCACUAAUGCAGCUUUUCACUCGCAAAGCGCUUUAGAGGAAGUUGUGCCAGGAGAGUGCUUGGAGAGAGAAACUGAAAGUGCUGAGCAGGAGGCAGCUGCCCUCCUGAUUCCAGCCUCUCCCAGCCUGUGCAGUAGGACUGGGUUUCCCAGCUUCUUGGUUUAUGGGAGUAUUUUGGGGAAAACACAAGAGCUCCGUGAGCGUGCAGCUUCCCAGGCGUGAAACCAGGGCAUUUCAGCUCUCCCAUUGGCCCACUGAAAUCCAGGAGGAGCAGCCCGGCAGCAUCCCUGGUACCAAAGCACGGUAGCUGUUCAAGCAGAUACGUUGGGUUUGCGUGGCUUGGCUGCGUUGCGGCGCCCGUGCAGCCUACCCAUGAGCUCAGACUUCCAGCAUUACAGUUUCAGGAUGCCGAACAUCGGGUUCCAGAACCUUCCUCUCAACAUAUACAUCGUGGUUUUCGGCACAGCCAUCUUCGUCUUCAUCCUCAGUUUGCUCUUCUGUUGCUACUUGAUCAGGCUCAGGCAUCAGGCACACAAAGAGCUUUACGCCUACAAACAGGUCAUACUCAAGGAGAAGGUGAAGGAGCUGAACCUCCAUGAGAUCUGUGCCGUGUGCCUGGAGGAGUUCAAGCCCAAGGACGAGCUGGGCAUCUGUCCCUGCAAACAUGCCUUCCACAGGAAGUGCCUCAUCAAGUGGCUGGAGGUGCGGAAGGUGUGUCCCCUGUGUAACAUGCCGGUGCUGCAGCUGGCGCAGCUGCACGGGAAGCCGGACCCGGGCCCGCCGCAGGGGCCGCUGCCCGGCUCCCAGAACAUCGUAUAGUCCCUCCCGGGCCGGGCCCGGCCCGCGCCCGCCCGCGGCGCUCGGACACAACCAAAGCACUUCGGCCGCAGCUGAGCAGCCCCGAAUCCCGCCGGGAUGAAGCCUGGCCUCGGAACCUCCGCCAGGACCAGGAGGGGACUCGGCGUCCUCGGCACGACAUCCUUCUUCCAGCACCUCCCUCCCUCCUCCAGCCCCGCGGCCGCCGGGGAGCGGCGCGGUGGCACCCAGCGACCUCCGGGAGCGGCGCGGUGGCACCCAGCGACCUCCGGGAGCGGCGCCAGGGCCCCGAGCCGCGGCAGCUCCUGCCCGGAACGCGGGGCGGACCCCGAGCGUCGCGGCCGGCUCCUGCUCCCUCCUCUUCGCCUUCGGUUCCUUUGCCUUUGCGGCUCCCAGCGGGAAAUGGGGUCUCGCCCCUGGAGCUGGGUGUCCCCUCGGCACCCGGUGUCACCCCCGGUGGUGGCCGUGUGGGGUCUCCCGGGUUUGGAUUCCCCCACCCUCUCCAGGGUGGCUGCCCCUCCUCCUCGGCUACCUCAGGGGCCCGGAGCUCCUGGAAGGGGCAGCGAGAGCCACGGCGUGGGGGGCAGGCAGAAACCCCGGCCUUGGGGAUCUCAUCGCGUCGCUUCCAGCCGGGCCCCGGGGCUCCCUGGGCAGCGCUUCCCCUUGCCAAAACACCCAAAGCCCUCCUCAGCGCCUGGGGGAGCUGGGCCACCCCCUGGCCUCUCCGACCGCGGGGUUUGGGUGUCCCCUGCCGUCCUCAGCAGUCGCAUUCCCGGCUGGGGGAGGGGGUGUCAGUAUUACACGGCAGCGGCUUUCCCGGGCAGGGCUGGGGGGCUCCUGGUGCCGUCCCCCCUCCCAAAAAACCCGGGACUGUUUAUGGAGCGUGGAGCCUCAUAGACGUGUUUGUACACUACAAAUUCUGCAGCAGAAUAUUUUUUAAAACAUUCGCUGGUUUUGGUUUGGUUUUUGGUUUUGUUUUUUUUUUUUUCCCUCUGUUUGUUUGGUUUUUUGUAAGCUCUAUUUUUGUAUAUUUAAUUGCUAUUUGAAAAUUCUAAUAAUGCGUCUUUUUUGCUAAUCACACUCUUCUUAAGGAAAAACCAGGAAAGAAAAAAAAAAAAAAAAACAAACAAAAACAACCAAGAGUUUGCAUGUGAUUUGACUUGAAAUGUAAAUAAAAGCAGGUUUUGGAA